AUGGAGUCUGAGGUCUCCUUGGAGAAUGAGCAACAGUUCUGGGACGAGCUCCAAGAAAUUGUCUCCGCCCCUUGCUCCUCCGAAGACCUUAUCGACAAUGCACUGCGGUCUUAUUUGAAUCUCGCUACCAAGUACAAAGGUGCGAUUAUUCUGUCUGCAUGGACCGGUGGAGAAGGAUCUGGUUGCGUGGGACUAUGGAACAUAAGGCUGACGGCUGCGCGCGUGACUACAGAUGAAUAUCUCCAGUCGGAGUUGGCAGUCUCCCGAUGCUCGUACAAACUACUUUCGUCGACUGUGUUUGCGGACCAUGCCGACUAUGUGCGGAGACAGAUGAUCUACGGGUUGUUGCAGGAAGAUGAGCCGGAUACGCUCGCCGUCAUUGCAUCUUUCCUCAUCUUCGACGGUCGACGGAAUGAGGCCGUGCUCCGUGUGAUGAAUGAAGAGGGCUCGUUUCCGCGGCUGUUGGAGCUCUUGCAGGUUCAGAAUAAGAAGAGGGGUGACGAUGAAGCCGGACUUCAUCGUCUGCUGAUGGAUCUGAUGUAUGAGAUGUCGAGGAUUCAGCGGAUCAAGAUUGAGGAUCUGGGUGGGUGGUUCCUACAGGCUCUGUGUGAUAUGGUGGUUAACGGUGAGAUGGCAGUGCUUGUCGACGACGACUUUAUCAAGAGUCUGUUCGAUAUUAUCGAGGACCUCUCGUACGAUGUGAAUGACCCCUACCAUUAUCCGGUCAUUCGCGUGCUGCUGGUCCUGAAUGAGCAGUACAUGAUAUCUGCCCACGACCCGGUGGAUGACGGCUCGUCUUCGAAUGUCUUGACCAACAAGGUCAUCAAGAUACUGUCAAUGCACGGCAAUUUGUACAAGACAUUUGGUGAGAAUAUAAUUCUUCUGAUUAAUCGAGAAGCGGAAACCUCCCUCCAGCUGCUCACCCUCAAGCUCCUCUAUCUCAUCUUCACCACCCCUCGCACAUACGAAUACUUCUACACAAAUGACCUCCAUGUCCUCGUCGACAUCCUGAUCCGGAACCUCCUCGACUUGCCCGAGGAGGCGUCCGCUCUGCGGCACACCUACCUUCGCGUUCUAUAUCCGCUGCUGGCGCACACGCAGCUGAAGAUGCCCCCGCAUUACAAACGCGAAGAGCUGAAGCGGAUGCUCAACCUCCUCGUUCGGGGCCGGCUCUCCAACGGCGACGCGGAUCACGAGAAGGUCAUCGUGCAUUUCGACGACGUCGACGAGACCACCCGGCGACUCGUCCUCCGCUGUACAACGGUGGACUGGAUGCGCGAUCCACCCGAAGAACAAUCCCCCGACGUGGACACCGCCACAACCACGCCGCUUGACACCUCGCAGACGCUCUCUUCCCCAAGCACCGACGGCAGUUCUCCCGAAACCACCUCACCCACCAGACUGGACGAGCACCACCCGAAGCUCGAUGCCCACCGCAACCUCAGCCAAGCCCAGCGGCUAGGAAUGCACCUCGAACGAACGUCCACAUCCAGUCUUAGCAGCGUGCAGGAGGUCGCAACGCAGCACGAGAAGCCCGGCGUCAUCACCCCCAGCCGCACCAACACCGACCACCUCCGCCCGACCAGUCCCACAAAACCCAAACCAAAGAUCAAGCCCCUUCCCCCGAAAACUCGACGCUGGCGCGGGAGACGCACCCAUCCUGACGACGAGAUCACGCCCACCGAGACACCCGUCUCGGCCUCCGCCCUUGGCAGCCCCGUGAUCGCCCCAGUAUCAACCCCCGACAGCGUCCUCCAGCAGCACCAACAGCACGUCGACCGUCGCAACUCCACCACAACAUCCGGUCUGGCUCCCCCACCGGUUCCCGCCCACGCCCGCCGCUCCGCAUCCAACCCCCCGCCUGCCGUGCCCCCGCCGCGCCGAUCCACCCAUCCCGCCGUGCAACCGCACCACAUCUCUAGCCACUGCACGCCCGUCUCAAGCCCGUCCCGCGCGCAUCCCCCGCAACAGGGCUCGCCUGCGUCAGGAAAACCAAGCCAGCCGCCGGAACCGCCGCGGACGCGUCGCGCCGGGCGCGGACGACAUGUGCAGAGCGACUCGGGCGAUAAGAGCGCGGAGACCUCCGUCGGGCCGGGGGAGAAACUCGACGGGGCGACGGUGAGCGUGGAGGAGGCAGUGCAGAAUGUGUCGCUGCAUUGA